AUGCCAUCUGCCAUCGUCACCGGCGCCACUGGCAUUCUCGGACGCGAGAUCGUCGCUGAGCUCAGCAAGCACCGUCAACAAUGGCCCACCGUGCAUGCGCUCUCACGCAGCAAGAAAGAAGAGUGCCCCGACAAUGUCAUCCACCACCACAUUGACCUCCAGUCCUCUGCGGACGAAAUGGCCGAGGACCUCAAGAACGUCAAGGGCGAGUAUGUCUUCUUCGCUGCCUACUUAGCCCAAGACACUGAGCAAGGUGCCUGGGACGUCAAUGGUGCCAUGCUGUCCAACUUCCUGCAAGCUCUUGUCAAGACUGGCGCCAUCAACGAUAUCAAGAGGAUCGUGCUUAUCACUGGCGCGAAACAGUACGGCGUGCACCUUGGUGUUCCCAAGCAACCCAUGAUGGAGAGUGAUCAGUGGCUGUGGGAUGACAAGUGGCCCCCGAAUUUCUACUAUAACCAACAAACCAUUCUGCACAAGUUUUGCUCCGAGCACAACAAGGAGUGGGUCGUCACAUACCCCAACGAUGUCAUUGGGUUUGCCACAGGAAACUUCAUGAACCUUUCCCUCGCCCUGGCUUUGUACAUGCAGGUCUCGAAGGAACUUGACGGCGCAGAUAAGGGUGUAGUCUUCCCCGGUUCCCCCGCCUUUUACACAAUGUUCGACUGCUUCACCUCUUCGAAACUGCACGCCGAGUUCUGCGCCUGGGCCGCGCUGGAGCCGCGUACUGCAAACCAAGCCUUCAACGUCGUCAACGGAGAUGUAGAGUCGUGGCAGAAUAUGUGGCCGAGGGUUGCCGAGUACUUUGGUACUAAAGUCAAGCCCGAUCAGUUUGCAGACGUCUACAAAUCUUCGCCCGUGGCUUCCAUUUCCAAGUGGAUUGCUGGUGAAGCUUCUUCGUCGACAAAUCUCGACCCAGAGCCGCCUCUUACCGCUAUGGCUGAGAGGUCGGGACUACAGGGUUCUCCAGCGCUCGCACAGUCCAAGGUGGAAGCCAACAUUGAUCUUGUCAAAUGGAGCGAGCGCGCCGAUGUCAAUGAAGCUUGGAAGAAAAUCGCCAAGAGGGAGGGGCUCGAUGAGGAGAUCUUUGAGAAGGCCACAUGGUCGUUCUUGGGCUUUGUGCUGGGCCGCGCGUUUGACCUUGUCAUCACCAUGAGCAAGGCGAGAGAGUACGGAUGGACCGGAUACAGGGAUACCUAUGGCGCCUUGGAGGAGGCGUUUGGAGAGAUGAAGGAGAGGAAGAUCAUUGCCAAGGCAUGA